AUGGCUGCCACCCUUCGCACCGCUAUGCGCGCUGCCCCGCUGCGCCAGGCGCGCAGCAUGGGCGUGGCCCCCAUGACCCGCCGCGCCCUGGUGGCCGUGCGCUCCACCGCCACCAAGGCGCCCGAGGUCGCCGACUACGCCAUCAGCGAGAAGGGCGCCAAGGACUCCCUGGAGUACCGCAUCCACUUCAGCCAGAACGGCAAGCAGAUCUCCUGCUGGCACGAGAUCCCCCUCCACGCGGGCGACGGCCUGCUGCACUUCAUCUGCGAGAUCCCCAAGGAGACCAGCGCCAAGAUGGAGGUCGCCACCGACGAGCCCGCCACCCCCAUCAAGCAGGACACCAAGAAGGGCAAGCUCAGGUUCUACCCCUACAACAUCAACUGGAACUACGGCCUGCUGCCUCAGACCUGGGAGGAUCCCGCCCACAAGCAGGAGGACCUCGGCGGCGUGGCGGGUGACAACGACCCCGUGGACGUCGUGGAGAUCGGCAGCACGCAGCUCAAGAUGGGCGGCGUCUACAAGGUGAAGCCCCUGGGUGUGUACGCGAUGAUCGACGACGGCGAGCUGGACUGGAAGGUCAUCGCCAUCGAGGCCAACGACCCCAAGGCCGCAGCCAUCAACAACCUCGAGGACGUCGAGAGGGAGUUCCCUGGGGAGCUGCAGAAGGUGCUGGAGUGGUUCCGCGACUACAAGAUCCCCGACGGCAAGGGCGCCAACGCCUUUGGCUACGACAACAAGUGCCUGGACGCAGAGUUCGCCCUCAAGGUCGUCAGCGAGACCCACGGGUUCUACAACGCCCUCAAGAGCGGCCGCCGCGCCAACAACGAGGAGCUCUCCCUCAUCUAG